CCAACUGCAGCUGGAAGGAAUAUCCUGAAGAUCCUAUCAAAUGUUGGAUGUUCUAAAUGAUGAUUUUGCUCUCAAGAGGAAGAGCCCAGCAGCUUGGUGUUCAUGAUGAUAAAAGGGUGGUCUCAGCUGACACUCUAGUCUUCUGGAUGAAACUGCUCUCUCAUUUUCUGUAAAGAAUUCUAAUUCAUACACUUGAUCUAUGUGGAGAAUGAAUUUUGAUUACCCCUCUCCUGGCUGCAGGAUGAGACUUCUUGUGGUCAAGUUAAUCCUGUUUUGGGCAUCCUCAGCUAUGGCAGGCAUUCCAGCUGUGCCUUGGAAAGUGCAGUGUCCAUCACAGUGUGUCUGUCAGAUACGUCCCUGGUACACUCCCAGGUCAGCCUACAGAGAGGCCAAUACUGUGGACUGCAACGACCUAUUUGUCACAGCUGUCCCAAAUGCUCUACCAGCUGGGACUCAUACACUUCUCCUGCAGAGCAACAAUAUUGCACAUCUGGAGCAAGAAGAACUAGGUUACCUGAAAAACCUGACAGAACUAGAUUUGUCUCAGAACAGUUUCUCACAUAUUAGAGAUUUUAAUGCCAGGCAACUACCAAACCUUGUAAGCCUCCACCUUGAAGAGAACCAGUUGGAAAACUUGCCAGAUCAUAGCUUUUCAGGACUUGAAAACCUUGAAGAAUUGUACCUUAAUCACAAUCAACUGAGUGACAUAUCUCCCCAAGCAUUUUCUGGUCUGCAACGUUUACUUCGUCUUCAUCUGAACUCAAACCUACUGACAACACUGAAUAACCAGUGGUUUAAAGAAAUGCCAUCCCUUGAGGUCUUGAUGGUUGGCGGCAAUAAGGUUAGUUCAAUCCUAGACAUGAACUUUAAGGCACUUUCCAAUUUACGGAGUCUUGUUCUGGCGGGUAUGGGGCUUAAGGACAUAUCAGACUUUGCAUUAGAAGGAUUACUUAACUUGGAAAGUCUUUCUUUGUAUGAUAACAAAUUAAUCAGAGUACCAAAAGGUGCUCUGCAAAGGGUGCCAAGCCUGAAGUUUUUGGAUUUGAACAAGAAUCCACUGAGCAGAAUCCAGCAAAAAGACUUUGAAAAUAUGGCUCAGUUAAAGGAACUUGGAUUAAAUAGCAUGGAAGAGCUAGUAUCUAUUGAUGAAUUGGCUUUAGUGAACCUGCCGGAACUGACCAAGUUAGAAGUAACUAACAAUCCUAAGCUUUCUUUCAUCCAUCCCAGGGCCUUCCAGAAACUGCCACGCAUGGAAACGCUAAUGUUGAAUAACAAUGCUCUGAGCUCUUUACACAGAGAAACUGUAGAGUCACUGCCAAACUUGCAGGAAAUUGCUAUGCAUGGAAAUCCUCUGAGAUGUGAUUGCGUUAUCCGUUGGGUGAAUGCCACAGCCUCACAUGUACGCUUUAUGGAACCCCAAUCAACACUAUGUGCCGAGCCUCCAGAAUUAAGGCGUACACAGUUAAGAUUAGUCCCUUUUCGCGAGAUGAGUGAUCGUUGUCUUCCCCUUAUUCCUGUGCCAAGCUUUUCGCCUCGAGUUCGGGCAUCCAGUGGACAAAGCAUAACCUUACACUGCAGAGCACUUGCUGAGCCAGAGCCACAAAUAUAUUGGGUAACCCCCUCUGGAGAGAGGCUAGGAGUAUCUGCAAACUGGGGUGGUUACAAAGUACAAGAAGAAGGCACACUAGAAAUACAGGUAGUCUCAUCUGCCCAUGCUGGAGUAUAUACCUGUGUAGCGCAGAAUUUGGUAGGAGCAGAUUACAAGAGUGUUCACCUCAUGGUCAACCAACUAUACCCACCUAGAGACGAUCCUGUCCAGCUUCAUGUGGGAGAAGUAGGCGAGCGCCAUUUAUUGCUAUCUUGGGUCCCACCACUUAAUGCUCUUGGAUGCAGCCUGCGGUGGAGUUGCCUAACACCUGGUGCCAGUGUUGAACGUGCAAGGCUUCCUGUCGGUCUGAAUUCAUACAAUGUCACAAGACUACUUCCAGGAGAGGAAUGCAGGGUAUGCCUACGUGUCUCCAUCCUUGGGGGCAGAGUGCGAACGGCAUGUGCUAGUGCCAGGACUAGAGAGACUGGCACAGGUUACAAACAUAGAGGACAAAAAGCACUAACUGCACUAGCUUUCUGCUCAUUGUUGGUGGUGAUUGGGUUACUUGCCCGAUAUCGUCCAGGUGGCAGCUCAGACCCUUCGUCACCAUGGUCUCUCUCUGGCAGAGUUAUUUACCCUCCAGUUAUACACCAAUGGAACCAGAAUAAAAAAGAGCAUUUGUCAGGCAUCAAUGUGCCAGCUACUCCUUUGUGCUAAUAAACAUUUGCCUACGUUUCAGAGACUUUCCCAGAUAGACUUUGGAGAGUAGUGCUUUGGAAAGGAUCCAAAAGUGAGAGAACGUCUUACAGAACACAGGCAGAUAGGCAAAGAGACAAAGUCAACAUGUGGGCACGGAGAUGUUUGUAGAAACAAGUGCAGACUAAUACAUAAGAACAUUUAUGUACCAGGAAACCUAAAAACCCAGUGUACACUCACACAGAUGUGUAGUUGCACAAAUGAAGAAUGAGUCCCUGCUGUACACCUGCAAAGAACAAAAAAAUGUAAAAUAAAAAAAAACUGAAAAUGUACGCAAACAUUUACAAGCAUGGAAGGACACACUCAGUAGAUACAGAUACUACUCUUACAGCUAAUACACAUAUUGCAUUUUUGUAAAGUGAACAGAAGCCUAAUUUCAUGUUAAAUCACAAAAUGAUACAAAAGGUGUAUAGUUAUGUAUAUGCUACACAAUGCUGUGAAUUUGUUGCUGUGCAGUUACCUGCCCUCGAACUUCCGGCUCAUUUCCUGGACUCCUGAAGCAUCAGGGUCACAAUACACUGGGUUAUCAUUUUGCUAAUUUUCUAUGACUGAAGUCCAGAUAUUCUCAGUAUACCCAUGCAAAACUACUGAAAAACGAUACAACACAACACAAAACCUGCAUUUAAAAAAGCAAGGAGGUGUCCCACCGUUUAUAUCAUCUGAUUCCAAGAAAUGGGGACGAUUUGGGAUCACCU